AUGUCCAUGACACAGAUCCGAGUGUUGACGUGUGAGCAGUGUAAUAUGCUCAAAACUUUUAUUCCUACAUAUGUCCUCAUAAAACUGGGGUCAGAAGAAGAACUGGAGACAUUUUGGGAGUCUGUAUACGUCCAGUGGUUUCAAACCUGGCCUGAACAUGAAGUUCACUAUCCAGAUACACCACCCAACAAAUUAUCUAACCUGCAACAAAGAAUUCGUUUGUUCAUCCAAACGAUCCACUUGCAUAGGACCUUGGAUAAACCAACACUGCAGACCUACUUUCCCAUCAAGAAGCGACCUAGAUAUGGACUUAAAUACAUCUCGAUUGUUGCAAACAGCGACUCGGCCUGCGCACACAAAGGGGAGGGACCCAAGACAUCAAAACGAAGAUUUUGCUUCCCUACCCAAUAUUUUAGCCCACCACCACAAAUGCCACAAAAAAAAUGGGCUACGGCGGAACAGGAGGAAUUCCUCAUGAGUCACUUGCCAGAAUUCCGUGUUCUUGCCGCCACCAGGAAUUAUAAGGAUUUUUUGAAGGGCAUCAGUAUAGAAUGGUUCCAAUGCUGGCCAGAGCAUAAGGCCAUGUUCCCUGAUUUUCCAGCUGACCAUAUUUACACGGCUGAGGAAGAGCAUGCCAUAGCAUCACGAUUAGACCCUCAAUAUGGCAGAUUAAUCCUGCGCACCUACAUCGCUCGGCCAGGUACAAGAGGAGUGCUAAAGUUCAAUGCAGUGCUAGCUGGGGGCAUCGAUCUGAAAGGAACGCGCGUGCCACAAAAAUUGGAUGUAUACUCCAACAUGUAUUAUGAGAAAAAGGUCAAGCAUGCUGCAGAUGACGCGAUUCAGAAGGAGCACAUUACCAAUAGAGGCCUGAAGCUCAACAAACUGCCAAGAGAUGACACGUUGAAUGGCUAUUCGCGAGCUCGGUCCCAUGCUCGAUCAGGAUUCUCAAGUACCUGGGACAUGCGACCGGAGGCUGGAAGUUUACCGUGCUCAUGGGGGGUCAUGAUCCAAGCACAGGCAAAGUGUCGAUGUUUAACUACCACAGUCGGAGAACUUGAAAGCAGCGCACAGUUUGACCAAGUGUGCAAAAACUUUGACGCCAUGCAGAACUCCUUCCUAGAAUUUGUCAAAGACGCUAUUGCAUUUGAGUCCACAUCACUGCAGGAUCUGGCAGAGUCUGACGAAGAUGAAUCCCUGGUUGAGUCGGACUCAGAUGGUUUUGACUUGGAUAACGAUUGGGGAAAGGGCAGAAACGACUUUGAUGGCCUCUAUCAGAUGACUGCUCAAUCGGAUAGAGCUGAUAUGCCAGCCACUAGUAGUAGUUGUGGGGAUUGCUAUCAGUCUUGUGACAAUGAUAUCGGAAAUACAGACUUACCUGGUGAUGCAUCAACCGCUCUUCAUGUUGGUGCCACUGGUAAUGCAUCAACCACUCUUGUUGAUACCAGCAGGCAUGCAUCUUCAAGUUUUGGUUUCCGACCCGAUGUGUUCGAUCCGCAGGCAUUCUUAUCUGCAAUCAAUGAUCCCUACUUUGACAUUAGUGCCCUUGACAGUGGCUUUAGUGCAAGUCACCUCAAUAACACACCUUCCCAACCGUCAGUUGAACCGGACUACCCACGUUCACCAACACCCAAUCCACUGGCAGAAACCCUUCUUCCUCCAGUCCCAUCUGGACAUAACGAUGAGAUAGAAGAGAACAAUGGCGAGUCCAAGCUUGCCACCCGACCAGAAGGUGCUGCUGGCCAUGGAAGGCGGAAACAAGGUGCAGGUGAUGCAAAUAUAGAUGAGCCUCCUGCCCAAAGAGUGCCACGACUACGUGCAUGCAUUCCCUUCAAUGCACGGGAGCGUGACAAUGAAAUUGGAGUCCCAACACGUCGUGUGGCAUGA